AUGGCCUCUGCACAGUCCGCUGAAGCUCCUGAGCGAGCCCUUCUGGAAGGCCAAGCAGAUGCUGCCUACGGCUCGACCCCGGCUGCUGAUGGUCAGGGAAGGCAGGCUGGUGACGGGCCGCGGCUCUCUCCAGAGGAGGUCCUGAAUGAAGUGAUGCGCAAUGCCGACGAGUACAUGAAGAUCAUCUUGAACGCGUUUCUCAAGGGGUUGGCGCCCCUUUUUGCAGAAGGUCUUGGUACGUUUGCGCUGGUAUUCACGGUCGGAUGCGUCGUUACUUCGCCCACGCCGUCUCCAUGGUCUGCAACUUCGAUUGCCUCGGUGCUGAUGGUGAUGAUCUACGCCACGGGUCCGAUCUCGGGUGGGCAUCUUAACCCGGCGGUGACCUUCGCGAUGACCUUGCUGGGGAAGAAGUCCUUUGGUGGGAUGGUGGCGUACUGGCUCUUCCAGUUCAUGGGGGCUUUCACGGCCGCUGCCGUCUACAAGAUCGUCUGUGCACCCCACCUGGCGGUUGUGGCACCCGUGCCACCCUUCAACGCCGGCUACGCGGCUGGCGGGGAGCUGCUGUACACGGCCAUGCUUGUCUUCGUUGUGCUGUGCUGCGCUGUGGCGAAGAAGAACACGCCAAAUCAGUUUUAUGGCCUGGCCAUUGGCUUUGUUGUCCUGGCUGGUGGCCAUGCUGUUGGGCGCAUCUCUGGCGCUGCGCUCAACCCAGCAGUCUCCCUUCCUCUGGGCCUCGGCAGCGGCAAGGAUCCUCACUGGGCACUGGUCUGGUUUGCUGCCGAGCUCGCUGGCGCUGCGUUGGCUGCUGGAGCCUAUCGAGUACUGCGGCCAGAGGAGUUCGGGAAGUCCACGGCUGAUCGGCCAGAUCUGAAGACGUGUUGUUUGGCUGAAGCAUUCGGCACCUUCAUGCUGGUAGUGACGGUCGGCCUGAACAUCGUCAGCGGGUCUCGUGCCACAGCGUACUCUGCCGCUGCGGCUCUCAUGUGCAUGAUCUACUCGCUUGGAAAUGUUUCCGGAGCUCACUUCAAUCCGGCGGUGACUCUGGCAGUGCUUGCAGGAGGCCGUGAGAGAAUAUCGCGACGUGACGCAGCAGGCUACAUCACGGCCCAGAUUGUUGGCGGGCUGCUCGCGGGAUGUGUUUACGCUGCCUACCACAUGGGCUCCGCAGUUGCGGACAAGUCGAUCAAAUUGGUGCCGGGAAGGGGCUUCGACCUGGCACAGGCAUCGAUCGCGGAAUUAAUCACCACGAUGUUUCUGGGCUAUGUUGUCCUCUGCAUCGCUACCGUGAGGGAGCCCUAUGCGAAAGACCUGUUUGGCCUCGUCAUUGCCUCAACCGUCACUGGUGGCAGCUUUGCAGUGGGCUCCAUCUCUGGAGGUGAGCUUAAUCCGUCUGUGGUCCUUGGCCUGAUGAUUGGAAACGUGGUGAACCCCGGCAAAGGCGGCAUGGGUCCUGUUGGAAGCUGGGUGGCCUUACUCGUUUCGGAGCUUUUCGGCGGGCUCCUGGCAGCCGGGCUUUUUCGGAUGACGCACCGCAGCGAGUUCGUGGAAGUGGAAAAAGAUGGAGAUGACAAGGGCGAUGGUGUGAAGGGCUUGGAGAAGGGGACCGUGGAGGCCGAUGUGGAAGCGGCUGAGGAAGCCGCUUCUUCGUGA